UUAUGUGUGUUGCAGAUAAGUUAAAUAUAGUUACAAACUCAAAAUGUCAGAUAUAGGUAAAAAUUCUCACACAGAGACAGAGAGUGAAAUUUGCACACACUACAUAAGAAGAUGUCUGUUAGAGUGCUCUACAUGCUGGAAAUUUUAUCCUUGCCGCCUAUGCCAUGAUGAGAAGUGUAAUCACAAACUGAAUCGCUACCUUGUGAAGCAUAUCAAGUGCAACAAUUGUAGCACUGUUCAAGAAGUUUCUCCAGAAUGCAAAGUUUGCAGUACAAAUUUUGGAAAAUAUCACUGUUCUAUAUGUAACAUGUUUGAUGACAGAGAUCGUAAGCAAUAUCAUUGUGAUGAUUGUGGUUUGUGUCGAGUAGGGGGACGUGCAAAUUUUUUUCACUGCGCGAAAUGUGAUCUAUGCUUAAGUAUUGAUAUCAAGGAUUCUCAUAAAUGUGUGGAAAAAUCAUCGAAAUCCAAUUGUCCAGUGUGUUUAGAAGAUAUGCACACAUCCACGGAGUCAUUAAAGGUUCCCUCGUGUGGCCAUCUUAUUCACCAAAAAUGCUAUUCUGUAAUGCUUCAACACAAUGAAUAUCGAUGUCCGUCAUGUGGCAAAUCGACUUUGGAAAUGUCAAAAGUUUGGGAAAAUCUUGAUGAAGAGAUUGCUGUGACACCUAUGCCAGACGAAUAUGCUAACACAUUGAUAUGGAUUCUUUGUAAGGACUGUCAGGGAGUGUCUAAUGUCCGAUUUCAUGUUCUGGGACUGAAAUGUUCUAAAUGUAAAUCAUACAAUACAUGUGGAACAGGGCAACCUCAAUCCAAACUUCUUGAGACUGAGGAACCUCACACUUGACAAACUGUUUACUCAUUUCAGUUGUACUAAUUUUUGUCUGGCAGGUUUUACCUGUUUUUAUCAAGGAUAUAAUAUUCCAUGUUUAUCGCUUGGCAUUUAUGAUUUUUAGUCACACACAGUUGAUAUUGAGAUAUUUCAACGUCAAUUACGAAUUUCAAAUUAUUGAAGAGGUGUUUUCACUUUGAAUAAACCUCCAAACCAGUGGUUCUCAACCUUUUUUCUGUCGUAGCCCAUUUUUGUUGAACAAAGAUUUCAUGGCCCAUUAACUUUUCAAUGCCAGGAUAAAACUACAAAAAAAAAAAAUCUUCCCACAAUAUAGACACUUUUACUUUAUUGAUGAUUAGAAUGAAAAUUAACACUCCACAGCAAACAACAGAAGCAUCUUUUAUUGCUACUGCAAUCAAAAUUUAUUUAUAGUGACACAAAUGUAAAUAAAUUUAUCAAUAACUCUUGUGCAAUUUACAGUAGGUUUUGGCCCACCUGGAAAUGUUUCUGUGGCCUAGCAGUGUGCCAUGACCCACUCGUUGAGAACCGGUGCUCUAGACCAGGGGUGCACAACACGCGGUACGCGUGCCAAAUUUGGCACGCCAUACGCUCAAACGUGGCACGCGAACAGUUUUGUGAAAAAAAAAUAUUUAUGAUA